CUCUCGCCUGAAACCCCCUCCUCUGUGUAUUCGCUCGCCUACCUAUUUGGCUUGUCACGCCCACGCCCACACCCACACCCACACCCGUCCUCCCUCCUUCAUUCACAUCCACACCUCUUCCCCGACCACAGUUGCUGUUCUAAAACACCACUUCCUGCCCCCUUCCCGUUCAACCACAUCUACCUGCCUUUGUACAGCUUUAUCCAGCUCCUGUAUCAUGCUCGCCCCUCGUGUGUUGCGGCCGGCGUCCUCGCUGGUUCGCCCCUUCAGUUCCUCUGCCACUGCGUUCCGCGCCCCCUCUAUCCGUGACAUCACCCCCGACUCGGCUACCGAGUUUAACGCACGCCAGAAGGAGUUCCGCGAGAACCUGGAGGUCGCUCGCAAGAAGAGAGAACAGCAAGAGAGUCAGUUUGUCGAUGCUUCUGGUUCCACCUCUGCCUCAUCCCCUGCACCCCGUGAUCGCCUCCGUGAGUACGCUACCGCUCCCACUGCUCCGCGCGCGAGCAAUGCGAGCAGUAACCAUGUUCCCGUCUUUGAUGCUGCUGGAGUGCUUGAUCAUAAGGCUUUAGGCUCACUUUCUGCCCACCGGAUUCUAGGAGACGAGCAGCUGCUGGAAGCGAGUCAGUCUCCCAAGCGCGGCCCCUUGUCGUCGCUCAUCUACGGAACGAAGGAAGGCCAGCAGCUGGACAAGGAUAUCGAGCGGUCGUUUUCGCAGGUCCUCGCCCGUGGAAAGUAUGUGCAUUCGAUCGUCUUCCACGACGUCAAGCCCGACAAAGUCGAUGAUUACGUCAACCUCGUGGGCCAGUGGUAUCCCCGCAUGGCCGCCGACCCAGAGAACCGAGUGAACUUGGUUGGAAGUUGGCGUACGCAGGUUGGGGAUAACGACACCUUUGUUCAUAUCUGGGAAUAUCAGCGUUACGAAGGCUACCACGAUUCUCUGCACAACAUCUCCAGCCACCCCGAAUUCCCUGACUUCGACCGGAAACUGAAGAGUUUGAUCAAGAGCAAGAAGACAUCUUUGAUGCAGGAGUUCUCCUUCUGGCCGACGACUCCCCCCCGACGCCUCGGUGGUCUCUUCGAGCUUCGAUCGUACACUCUGCACCCUGGGAACCUCUUGGAGUGGGAGACACAUUGGCGACACGGACUCAAAGCCCGCCGGGAAGUCAUGGAGGGUGUUGGAGCGUGGUUUGUACAGAUUGGGGAGUUGAACACGGUGCACCAUCUUUGGCAGUUUGCGAACCUCGAGGAGCGUAAAGUUCGCCGGGAGCAGUCCUGGGGCAUCGAAGGCUGGGCCGACACGGUGCACAAGACGGUUCCUCUGAUCCAGACCAUGAAAAGCCGGAUCCUGAUCCCGAUGCCGUGGAGUCCUGUUGGCUAAGCCAGCAGCGAUCACAUGGUGACGGUCACGAGACAAGGUCCUCCAAUGGAGGCACCCGGGCGUACAGAGCCAAGCAUGAAUGAUGUUGUUUGAUGAUCCGAGCGCCGUGGGCAGGGAAUGGACAGAGAGCAGGGGGACAGACAGGAGACGGUCGGACAGAUUCAGCCUGGAGUAAACCAGCCCGUCUCUUGUCACACAAUCCACUCUUGGGCGCCUGGGAGCCUUGGGCUGGAGCCUGGUGUAUUGUGCACACCGCCCACUGUUCCCGACCCUGGCCCGGCCAUGGGAGGGGUGCCUUGACUGUAUCGUAUCGAGCAUUUUAG